GCGACCUUCCCGGCAAAUCUGGAUGGGGUCCUGGCCACUCUACACACUCUCAACACACAUGGCUCGCGGCGCCCAGGACCAAAGCCCAGGACCCGGACCCCGCCUCAGAAGCGAACCGGCACCUCGACCCAGACCCAGGCCUGGACCCCAACCCGAAGCCUGCACUCAGGACCGCAGCCCAGGACCCAGACCUCGACUUCGAACCAGACCCAAAACCAAACCCAGACCAUCACCUGGACCAGGGCCCGCACCACCCUCGCCCACCGCUCACCGUCACACCUUGCCUUGCCGCCCCCGCAGCCCCACACCCCGCGCCGGCUGCCGGCAGCAUCCAGGCACGGUCACCAAGGGCCACCGCCGGACACGAGGGUCCUCUGGCAGGAGGAACAAGCUGACCAGGAUUGGCAUGGAGCAGGUAGAGCGGACACGGCUGUCGUCCACCUUGUCAGAUGGAGCCGACAGAGGAGAAAAGUUAAAACAAGGAAUUUCUCGAGACUCAGCUUCUUCCCCCAAAAUAGACAGAUACAAAAUGGCAAGACAGUUAACAGAAAAGGCAAUCAAGGAGAAGAAAAUCUUUGCCAUCUUCGGACACUACCCGGUGAUCCGGGCCACUCUGCGGAGGAAGGGCUGGGUGGAGAAGAAAUCCCACUUCCUGCCCAAGGUCCUCCCAGGCCCCGAGGACGAAGACAAUGGUGUCACUGAUAACAAACAUGCUGAGGUCCGGGCAGAUCAGGAAGUGGCUUCAGGGAAAGCGGAAGACAUCCACGAGGUGAUGUCUAGGUUGCUAAAGAACGAAACACCGUACUUCCUCUGGACUGUCAAAAGGGGCGUUGCAGAUUAUCACAACCUGAGCUCUGACCAGAUGCUGAACCACUAUGGGAAGACGGCGUCCUUCACCACCAAGAUCGGGCUGUGUGUCAGCAUGCGGAGCCUGCCGUGGUUUGUCCGGGCGAACCCUGAUGCCUUCUUCCCGCGCUGCUACAGCCUCUGCACAGAGGGUGAGAAGCAGGAGUUUGUGGAUGAUUUCCGGUGCACUAUGGCCUCCAGCAUCCUCAAGUGGGUCGUCAGCCACCAGAGCUGCCUGAGAAGCAAGUCCAGGAGCCAGAAGGAGGAGGCCAGGCUUGGCCAAGAGAGUGUCAGGACAGAUCCCGAGGGUGCUGGCGAGAAGCCCAAGGGCCUCCCAGGGAAGCUGGUGGACAUGGCCUGCCGGGUGUGCCAGGCCUACCUGGGGCAGCGGGAGCACGAGGACAUCGACAGGUUGGGGAGCAGCACAGAAGGCCUGUCUGAGACUGAGUGGAGUGACCUGACCCGGCAGUACUACGCCCUGGUCCGUGGCGAUGCUUUCAUCUUCAAUUCAAGAAAUUACUUUUCGCAGUGCCAGGCUCUGCUGAAUAAAAUUAAGUCCGUGAACCCUCAGACAGAGGUCGACGGGCUGCGGAACAUCUGGAUUAUAAAGCCCGCGGCCAAGUCCCGGGGCCGGGACAUAGUGUGCAUGGAUCGCUUGGAGGACAUCCUGGCACUGGUGGCUGCCGAACACCUACCCUCCCGGGACAACAGGUGGGUGGUGCAGAAGUACAUCGAGACGCCGCUGCUGAUCUAUGACACUAAAUUUGACAUCAGGCAGUGGUUCCUGGUCACCGACUGGAACCCCCUGACCAUCUGGUUCUACAAGGAGAGCUACCUGCGCUUCUCCACACGGCGCUUCUCCCUGGACAGCCUGGACAGCGCCAUCCACUUGUGCAACAACGCCAUCCAGAAGCACCUCCAGAAUGAAAAGGGGCGCAGCCCACUGCUGCCCAGCCACAACAUGUGGAGCAGCACCCAGUUCCAGGAGUACCUGCAGGGCCAGGGCCACGGGGCUGUGUGGGGCAGCCUCAUCUACCCGUCCAUGAAGAGGGCUGUCACCCAUGCCAUGAAGGUGGCCCAGGGCCACGUGGAGCCUCGCAAGAACAGCUUUGAGCUCUACGGUGCUGACUUCGUCCUGGGUCAAGACUUCAGGCCUUGGCUUAUCGAGAUCAACUCCAGCCCCACCAUGCACCCAUCAACACCUGUCACAGCCCAGCUGUGCGCCCAGGUGCAGGAAGACACCAUCAAGGUCGUGGUGGACCGCAGGCUUGACCGAAACUGCGACAUCGGCCACUUCGAGCUUCUGUGGUGGCAGCCUGCCGUGGAGCUGCCGCCUUUCAGCGUGACGGACGUCUGCGUGGAAGGUGUGAGCGUGAGGAGGGCCAAGAGGCAGAUGCCACCCAUUCCCACUGUCAGUGUCUCAGCGUUGCUCCCAGAGGCUCAGAUGCUUAAAGUGUCACGUCCCUCGGCCAUGAUGGACCUGGUCCCCCGAGCAAUCCCACCCCGUGCCUUGUGUGUAGCUGCUCAUCUACAAGCCUGCGGCCCUGCAAACGCUGCGGCUCCUUCUCCGCCGCCAUCCUCAGGGCUCCUGCUUUGUGAGGCUCGGGACCCCGUGAAGAGGACCGUGACCCCGGACCGCAAGGAGCCCGAGGCCCUAGGCAGCCGCUCGUGGACGCGGGCCAUGUAACCAGAGCUAUGUUAGAGAAAUUGCACAGUCUCCGCAUUUGUAUUCGUAGGGUGCGCGUCCCACUGCCCUGUCGCUGUCCCUGCUCUGCCCAUGUUCUUGUCCUCGUAGGGUCCUUGCCGCUGCCCCUGUCCCUGUCCCUGUCCCAGACACCAUAGCCCAGGACAAGCCUCUCCUCGCUGAUGACUGCCCUGGCCCCAGCCACAGCGGUCCCACAGGACCCUGGCUCAUCUUAUGUACUCAUGUUUUGAGCAAACCUGGCCAUGCUGACCUUGACCCUUUAACCCCUCCUAGGGGGAGGGAGGGGCCACCCUCAAGUGGACCCCUUGGUGUCAUGCCCCCUAGACCCCUGGCCAUGGUGGUCAGUGAGCCAGGCAGGUGGGGUUCACUUGGAGACACCGGUGUGGGCAGAGCCCCAGGCCUCUCUGGCCUUGGAUGCCCAGGGGCUGGCAUUGGCCCUGGACAGGGCAUCUGCAGGGUGACCAGGACUGGCUUUCUGGGCCCUGGGAGGUCUGUGGUGGCUAGAGUGUGUCCCUGGGAGUUCAUGUCUAGACACUGGUCCCAAAGGCAGGUGUGGAGCGUGGGACUCCACAGGACCUGUGGUGGGUAGAUCCUUUCCGGUCACUGGAGCAUCUCAACGGGGCCCCUUACACUCCCCAGUGUGACCAUGUAAUGCUCUCUGACACAGCUCAGAGGUUACCAAGUGCCUUUGACACUGGCCCAUGCUCUGGCCUCUCAGCCUUCAGAACAACA